GAUUUCUCCGCGCAACUAGUACUCUAUAUAUUGUGGUCGCAAUUCCCGGGUAACUACCUACACCCUUUCGCGAAAGUUCCUUCCAACUUUCAUUGACCACAGCCCCUCGGGGCAUCAACGUGGGUUGCUCCUGCCACCGCCGCCAUCGUCACGACUCCGCCAGGGACAGCAGCUACGAACAAUGGCACCACCCCGACGCAAUCUACUCCCCAAGGAGCGAUUUGCAUUCUCAUUCGGGAGCCUCAAGACUCAAAGCUAUCAUGAUCCUAUUGCACGAACGCCUGGAUCUCAUACAAUUCGAACGAUAGCAUGGAACCCCACCGGCCAGCUUAUCGCUACAGGCUCAGCGGAUCGUACCCUUCGAAUCUGGAACCCUGAACGCGCGCAAGUCAAAUACUCGACUGACCUCCGCGGUCACACCGCGGGGAUCGAGAAAGUCUUAUUUAACCCAGUUCGAGACUCGGAACUAGCGAGCUGCUCAUCUGAUGGUACCGUGCGCUUCUGGGAUGUUCGCUCGAAGACAUGUGUGAGCCGUCUAGAUGUCGGCGGCGAGGCUUUCACUUUGUCUUGGUCGGCUGAUGGGAGCACAAUGGUGGUUGGAAGGAAGGAUGACACUCUGAUACCAAUCUCCAUUGAAUCGCCUUCUACCCCAACUGUGCUCGAAAACGGAGUAUUAAAUGUCCCAUCCACCCAGUCUCAGAAACCCAUCGCAGGCCCAACCACCUAUAAAGUCCUAGAUUCCCACCCACAGCCCGUCCAAACAAAUGCAACAUCUUUUUCUCAUCACAUUUCCACACCAACCUCGCCUGAUCUUCACCUCUUCGCAACCACCGGCGAAGGCACGGUCAAAAUAUUAUCCUACCCAUCCUUCGACAUCCUCCACACCCUUAAUGCUCACACAUCCGCCUGCCUUUCUAUUGCCCUCGCACCUACAGGACGCUAUCUCGCCGUCGGCGGCAGCGAUGCCCUCAUUUCUCUGUGGGAUACAUCGGAUUGGAUUUGUCGACGCACCGUGUCUAGUAAUAAUGGUGGGGCCGUCCGCGGGGUAAGCUGGAGCUUCGACGGGAGAUUCAUUUGCGGUGCUUGUGAUGAAGUAGGCUGCGGCGGUAAUGGAAUUGAGAUCUUCCAUGCUGAAACAGGCGAAAGCGUGUAUACUGUUCCUACUGGUGGCGGGGUGAAUUCGGGCAUUCCUGCCGUCGCAUGGCAUCCCUCGCGCUAUUGGCUUGCGUACUCUACUACAGCAGACGGUCCCGGAGGUGGUGGAGCUAGUGGACUUAAGAUUGUGGGAGCUGCGGGUGGGAAUCUCUGAUGAUUGUGUGUUUUAACGUACUGUGCGAUCAGCUGUCACCGGAUGCUUGGUCUACCGUAUUUCGCAGAAAGGCGCGUGUUUUAGCCAACAGCUAGGUGUUUCCACAACAUGAUUUAUAUACCCAUGAUAUC